AAUUCACCGAGCUCCACUCGCCUUUUCCGCUCUCGGAGAAAGAAGCUUUCCCCGCGGGCAGGAAGCAAGACCCCGCCACGCUUCAACUAUCCACAUCACAGCCGGUUAUUCCUCCUUUAUAAGUUUUAUUCUCUUUUUUUAAUUUUUUUUGGUGUCGAAGAUGGCCUGCGGGGCGACGUUAAAGCGCUCGAUGGAGUUCGAGGCCCUCCUCAGUCCGCAGUCUCCCAAGCGGAGGAGGUGCAACCCCUUGCCGGGGACUGCCGGCACUCCGUCCCCGCAACGAUGCAACCUCCGCGCCCCGGUGGUGGACAGUCCGACGCACGCCAUGUCGCCGCAGAGCAUGGGAGGCGAGAGCAGACUCACGCCAGAGCAGAUCUUCCAGAACCUCCGCCAGGAGUACAGCCGCAUCCAGAGGCGGCGGCAGCUGGAGGGGGCCUUCAACCAGACUGAGGCCUGCGGCUCCACCGACGCCCCCAGUCCCACUUCCUCCCUGCACGCCCCCAGCUCUCCACCAGGUGCCUCGAGACGGGACCAGCCGUCGUUCACGCUCAAGCAGGUGAGCUACCUGUGCGAGCGCCUGCUCAAAGACCACGAGGAGAAGAUCCGGGAGGAGUACGAACAGAUCCUUAACACAAAACUGGCAGAGCAAUAUGAAUCGUUUGUGAAAUUCACACAAGAUCAGAUCAUGCGAAGAUACGGCGCUCGGCCCGCCAGCUACGUCUCCUGAACUCGACGAGAUUCCACUGGCUUCCUCUCUCUUUCUGUCACAAGCUGGCUGCCCUUAUACGGCCCUUCUACCACUUCUUGUUUUUACCAGCACACACACACACACACACACACACACACACACACACACACACACACACACACACACAGUGCCAUGGUUUAUCUGCUUUGUAUCCAAAACUAUUGCUGCUGGCCAAAAC